AUGCCUCGAGUUCGCAACAGCAACUCAACGGUCUCGUCUUACAAGCCCAGGGGCGUCCCUGACGUUCCACUCAAUGCCGAUCACUACGACGAGCACGAGCUUACUAGCGCAAGUGUCCCGCUUCCGCCUCCAGGCUCAGCAAAAAACCCAGUUGUCAUAGAAGAUGACGAAGACGCCAGACGGCACCGCGCGCUUCUUGCUCUGGGACCGCCGCCUGGUCUCGAGAACAACCCCAGGCGCUCCGAUACGCGCCAGACAACGAACAACAGUCAAGCCCAAUCCUCUACGAGCAACAACCGGUCUCAGCCCUCGACCAACAAUCUCGCGCAGGGAUCAUCUUCCUCGCGCACGAGCGACCGCGACGCACGCGCGGGCCCGUCGUCUGCCGCGGAGCCUGCGGCUGACCAAACGAGGUACAAAAAGACCGCAUCGCACGGGCACGCCCCGAAGACGUCUUCCCCGCUCAAGCAAGUCGCCUUCAAAGCUUCGACACACGUGUUGGCCGUACCAGCCACCCAAUACCGCUGGCACAUCCCUCCGCGGGGAUACUCAACGAGCACUGUGUCCGUCAACUCGGUCACCUCGUCGGAUUCCGAAUACGACGAGUGA